GCGGUGAGCCAGCACGCGGUAGGUACACGCAGCAGCACCAGCAGUGCAACAUCGCUAAAUCGAGUAGUCAUCGCGAUACACCACCAAUUUCGACAGUUAACAAUGCUCCGCCACCUGUACGCAGCAAGACGAUGCCUCGCCACAACAGCCCAAAACCACCAACGCGUCGCCAAACUGAUCGCGAGGACCGGCGCCAUGUCGCGACGAGAAGCCGACGCCGCCUUGGAUGCCGGUCGCAUCACUGUAAACAAUGCGGUCGCGUCGCUGGGCGACAAGGCGCCGCCCGACGCGCGGCUGAAGCUCGACGGCCGCGCUUUGAAGGCUGCACCGACGGCGCCGCGCGUCUGGCUCGCCUACAAGCAUAAAGGCGAGCAGGUGGCAAAAUCAGAGCGGGGCGAGAAGAUCCCGAGCGUGUUCAGCCGCGUGCGCCUCCAGCCGCACGUGUGUGCGGUCGGCCGCCUCGACGUGCAGUCCGAGGGUUUGCUCGUGCUGACGUCGUGCGGCGAACUAGCGCGGGCCAUGGAGCUGCCCUCGAACGAACUGCGGCGGACCUACGAGGUGAUCGUGCACGGCCGCGUCACCGCGUCGAAACUGGCGGCGAUGCGCCGCGGCGUCCGCGUCGCCGGCGUCAAGUACGCGCCGAUGCGCGUUCUGGUGUCGGACGCGCGAGACAAUAGAGCGACGUUGGAACUCCAGUGCCGCGAGGGCAAGAACCGCAUGAUUCGCAGGAUCUGCGACCACCUCCGAUUGCGCGUGUCACGGUUGCGCCGUGUCGCGUUCGGGCCCUUCUCGCUGCGAAAGCACCUGCCCGACCGCUUCGCCGUCGUCGAGGCGCGCAUCCCGGCGUCGCUGCGGCGACUCGUCGACGACGAGAGGUAGAAAUAAUGUGACUGAC